AAACUCCCCAGACUCAAGGUGCUUUUCACCACCUUCGACCCGAUAUCUUCGAUAACAAUGAAAAAUCACACUUUCUUUACCCAGACGAAUUUUUAAGCGCUUUUUUAGAGGGCAUAAAAGUUUUUGGUUACUUGGAAAAACCUGUAUUUCAUGAACUUUCAAGACAUUUGCAAACAAAGAAGUUAUUAAGUGGCGAUACUUUGAUGCUAGAGAAAGAAAGGUCGUUCUACAUUGUAAUAGAUGGUCAUGUUCAGGUUUUUGUCAAAACUGCAAAUGAAGAAGACAUUGUGUUAGAUCCUUUUGAGGAUGAUGAUUAUAAUCGUGGUUGUCAGCUUUUAAAUGAAGUUACGAACGGUGGAACAUUGUCAAGUUUGUUUACUAUUCUUUCUUUAUUUACUGAUGACAUUGAACUUCGUUACAAUGAUACAGUGGUAGAUCAUUCAAUUGAUGGAGUUCAUGCAGGAAAACAGGAAAAUGAGUCUGUUCAAGAUAAGCAGUCUCAUGGGAUUUCUCAUUCAGAUGUAUCAAAUAAUGUUAAUUCUGAAGAACAAGCUCUUCCCGGAACAUCAAUGCAUCCUGAUAAUACUUUCUCACGUUCAAAUAAAUCUACAAAGCCACAAAUUUUAAGACGCCUUUCAAAAGAUGGUCCAACUACUACUUCUGUUCACCCGAAUAUCAUAGCCAGGGCAACUGUUGAUACUACCUUGGCUGUUAUUCCAGCGGAAGCGUUUCAUAGAUUAACGGAAAAAUUUCCAAAUUCUGUUGCUCAUAUCGUUCAAGUAAUCCUAACGCGCUUUCAACGUGUUACUUUUUGGACUGGAUAUAAAUAUUUGGGCUUAACAAAAGAUAUUUUGAGAACUGAAAAAUUAAUGAAUGACAUCACUACUUAUGGCCUUCCUAGCGAUUUUUUUAGACCAGGAAGUAUGGAACGACUUCGUUUGAAAUAUGUUGGCAGUGGUAAAAAAUACAAAGAUAUGGACAUGAGUGAUAAUGAAUUAAUUAAUAAAAGUAAAAAAACUAGACAAUCUACUCACCCAGUGCCAAAUGAAAGGUGUCAGCUAUAA